AGAGUUUCCCGUUCUGGUUCAUCCAGUAUAGCGUGUUUGAGGCUGGCCGAUGACACCGUGACUGGACCCGCGGUGACCUGACCUGACCUGUGCAGAGAAGCGAUGACCUCCAACGGCGACCUGAGGUCGGGAACCCCAAACGGGGCCCUGAAGUCACCGACGGAGCAAACAAACACACUGGGACGAAGGAGGAACAAGUCCGGCCCCAAGCGGGUGACUUUCAAGCUCGAGUCUGAUUCUGCGCCGAGAGAUGUCGCUAGUGACGGGGAGGCGGACACGGCCGACGGCAUGCCAUCCUGGUGGCCGAGGGCACCCUCCCCGGCCUCAACAGUGGGAAACUCGCCCUUAGCGACAUCGCGACCGCCGCCGACCGUGGUCGUCUCGCCACCGACCGUGACCUUGACAUCAGCUGACCCUGGUCUCUCGUCGCCGGCGCUGACAGGAGGUGCUCCUGUGGCGAAAGGGGUGUUCUACCCUAACGGUGGCACUUCUCCGCGGGUGUCGUCACCCCCACCCGAGGGCAACGGGCAUCGGGAGAUCGUGUCACCUCCUGCACCAAUCAGCGUGCAGAGCCGGCCGGCUCCACCAAUGGGAAGUCACGACCCGCGCAGGGUAACCUCGCCUCCACCAAUAGCAGGCGUAUAUACUCGCCAGCCCACACCAGCAACAGUCAUCCACCGAGGUCCAGCUCCGCCCACCACGUCCUACGUCAGCAAUUUACCCACCAAUCAAAACCAGUCAUCACAAGAGACCGCGAUGCCGGACUGGUGGCCCAAACAGCAAGUCAGUGACAGCCAACAGCAUGUCAGUGACAGCCGACCGGCUGCCUCUCCUCCAUUUCAGCUCUCAACGGAGAGAUCUCUAGCUGCUAAUCUUGCAGGCAGAGUUACCACUCCCCAGCAGAACAGACUCCAACCUGAGCCUGAGUACUACGACAACACCUCGCCGGAGUGGCAGGCGAGAAACGCGACGUCCCCCCAGUCCCUCUCCAGCCACAGUCCUGCCCCUGCCUCGUCCACGACGUCUGGCGCUGUGCAGAUCCCCAGCUCGGCGCCAAAACUCCCACCUCCUCUGCCCGCGAAACCGGGGGAUCGUGAUCCCAUGACGUCACUUCCGCAGGUGCCGAGCCGACCAGGGGACCGUCCAGCUGCUCUAUACAGGUCUCUCGCAAACACCGAGCAGCAGGUCGCCAGGGUGGUAUCCCAGGCGAACCAGGGCUUCUUCCAGUCGGCAAGAGAUGUCGCUAGUAUCGCGCCGACCCUGUCGCUACCGCCAACUGACCUGGACUUUACCCACCCCCGUGAGGAGGACUUCUGGAAUAUGUCGCCUCGACAGGCUCAAAUGACGUCACCCGGCGGUGGUGACGUCACGAGGCGACUGGUGACGUCAGAGGCCACCCAGACAGAAGGAGACCCUCUGCUGGAAUCAGACGACACUUGGAGUCGACUGCUGGAAGCUGUGGCGUCUGGAAUUCCUGACGAAGAGGUAGAUGGGUCUCCCGGACUGCGCAGUCGGUACGGGGACACCCUGCGCAGUCAGUACACGGACACCCUGCGCAGUCAGAACACGGACACCCUGCGCAGUCAGUACAGGGACACCCUGCGCAGUCAGUACAGGGACACCCUGCGCAGUCAGUACACUGACACCCUGCGCCGGCGGCCUGACACAGACGCUGCUGCCCAGCGGCCAAUUCUUCCACAGGGAGAGUGUCAGCCUCAUGAGAGGCUGGCCAGGCAGCGACAGGAGCUGGAGAGGCAGCGACAGGAGCUGGAGUAUCUGGAGCAGCAGCGACGACAGCAGGCGGAAGAGGAGCAGCAACCGCGGCGGGAGCACCACGCAGUUGAACAAGAGAGAAGCGUAGAUAGUUCACAACGCCAGGAACAGGUAUUCUUGGGGAAGCGAUAUAAUGAGAGGCGACUGUACGAGGAACAGCAAGUAGUUGAACAACGAGAGCACGAAAGGAGAAGAUAUGACCAGCAGGAAUGGUUACAGAAGCAAGAGGAGGAAAGGCAUUGGCAUGAACAAGAACGAAUAAGGCAGCAAGAAGAUGAGGAAAGACAGAAGCAAGAACAUCAACGACUGCUGCAAAAGCAAGAAGAUGAAAGACGAAGACAACAGAUAGAACGAGAAGAAGAGGAACGUAGACUUCAAUAUCAACAAUACCUCCAGAGGCAAGAGGAAGAAAGGCGAAAAAGGGAACAUGAAGCGUAUCUCAAACGACAAGAAGAGGAAAUUAGACGAAAACAGGAGGAAGAUGAACUUAGAAAGAGAACGGAAAGGGAGGAAGAAGAGCAGAGAAUGAGGAAGCAGAAAGAGGAAGAAGAACAAAGGCUGCUGAGGCAGAAAGAAGAGGAAGAGAAAGAGAGAUUGGAGCAACUCCGUCGUCAACGUGAACAAGAAGAAGAGCAGCGUCAGCAAGAGCUUCAGGAGCAGCUGCAACGCGAGCUUCGCAACCAGCACCAGCAGCAGUGGCGCCAAACGCAGCAGGACCAGCAGGCGCGGCGCGAGCGCGAGCUGCGUCAACAGCAGCAGCAGCUCCAGCAGGAGCGUCAGCAGGCGCAGCAGCAGCAGCAGCAGCUGGCCGCUGACUGGAGGCGCCCCGCGGAGAACACGUCGCCGCCUGUGGCCGGUCUGCGCCGGGACGUCUCUCUGCGGGAGUCGAGCCGGUCUCUGCGGGAGUCGAGCCGGUCUCUGCGGGAGUCGAGUCGCGCGGGCGAUCUGGCGCGGCGGGCGGGUCGAGUCUGGGACGAGGAGGCCGACUGGCUCCGCCGGGAGGCCGACUGGCUCCGCCGCGAGGCCGAGGAAACCGACAAACCAGGCUCCCCGCCCGUGACACAACAGAGAGGCGACAGCUACGAGCGCACCAGGGUGUACAGCGAGAUGAAGACGGCAGCAGCCACUAGCAGGGGCGGAGCGCACGGAAGCGGGCAGAGGCGGGCCUCGUUCCAGCAGAGUUUCAUGUCUCCGCCGCCAGGGGGCUACCUUCCUCCGUCGUCGCCCUCCAAAUCGGACCCGGGCUGGUGUCGCGGCGAGGAUAACGACUCGGGCCGCGAGGAUAACGACUCGGGCCGCAGUUCACCGAACCCUCUAGACGACGAACUCGAGAUCUGCCUGAAAUCCGUCGAGGAAGCCAUGGCUUCCCUGCAGAACUCUGUCCAAAAGAGUACCGCGCGCCCGGAAACAAGUAGCGCCACGCAGCGGCCGGAGCUGAACCGGAGUUUCGAGGUGUCGCCGGCAGGUGGCGGUUCUAGCGGCGACUGGCGCCGUCGCAGCUGUGAUGGCGCGGAACUGGAGACGUUCGGCAGGAGCAGGAGCAGGAGCUUGGACAGAGCGGAGGAGCGGGACAGAGCGGAGGGCGCUCAGGGAGCCCAGGAACUGCGGCCCUAUGGAGUGCUGCGACCGCUGCAGCACGACGCCCGCCAUCUAUGGACGGCGGCGGAAAACACUAGUUCUAACUGGACCCGCUUGGUGAUCGGCGACUGGCUUCUGGGUGCGCCCGAUAACAGACAUCCCCAGGAGGUCCUCUCCCGGCAGAUUGCUCUCUGGGAGGGUCAGCCGGAGACCCCGGGGCCCGACUGGCGCCAGAGGGGUCUCCGAGAGACCCUGGACAGGGCCCAGAGCGGGGCGCAGCAGAGGGUCCACGGACUGACUCAGGAGAGGGCCCUCAGAGGGCCUCAGGAGAGGGCCCUCGGAGGGACUCAGCAGAGGGCCCUCGGAGGGACUCAGCAGAGGGCCCUCGGAGGGACUCAGCAGAGGGCCCUCAAAGGGCUUCAGGAGAGGGCCCUCGGAGGGUCGCACUACCGGGGAAACAGAGAUCCAGAGUCUGAGGAGCAUUGCCAAGUGGACAGCCAGAUCAGCCGAAUUGGCCGGGAAAGUCGACAGAGGCACCGGCAUAUCACAGACAGGAUGUUGCCGUCUCCGACGUCGACUUACUCCGGCAGUUCCGGCCAGCGGAGUGACUCCUGGAGGUCCUCCCCACAGACUCCGACUCCGUCUCCAUGGCAACCGUCCGCCGCCAGCCCCCCUCAGUCGCCGGUGGAGGGGGUUGGGCAGGCUCGACAGUCCCCCUCAGGGUCCGCUGAUUGGAACACCAGACACCAGCCCCGACAGACGUCCGAACAGCCAGCGUUUCCAUGGCAACACAACGCCCCGCAGGAGCCGCCCUGGGCGGGUCAUUCUCGACGAGCGAACACGUUAGUGGAUCACCGCUACGGCACUGGCUUUGGACGACGGCCAACGCUGACUUCUUAUCAAAGCCAGAGCGCCACACUGCCUGCGGCCCAGCCGCGACCCGCAGCCCCCUGGGACUCCUCGGAGAGGGAGAACGUGCAUUCUCCUGGCUCGGUGAGAAGUUCGCCGGGCGGCCCGCAGGUGGCAGCACCGUCUUGCCACUGGGCAGCGCCACUGUCGCCCAGCGGUUCAGUGUCCAGCAUGGACUGGAAUCAGCUGUUCGAGACCAGCAGUGAGCAGUCGAGCUGUGUGGAGGACGAGCCCAGCUCCGUCUCCGGCGACUGGGGCCGCUCGCUCUCCCGAGAGGAGGUCGUGCGGUGGUACCAGCAGACGCAGCUGCCGCGAGGGGUCGGCGUAGACGCCCUCACCGGCCGGGCAGCCGCCUGGUUCCAUGGUCUGGUAGGACGCGCGGAGGCCGAACACCGCCUCCUGGCCUGUCCACCCGGCGCCUACCUCGUCCGCUGCUCUCAGAGAAUCUGCGGCUACACCCUCUCCUACCGGUCCCAGAAGAGGUGCAAACACUUCCUGGUGGAGGCCGCCGAGGAGGGCUACCGGUUCUACGGAAACCCCGAGAGGCUCUUCAGGACGCUAGACGAGUUGUUACGUCACCACACGAUGCAGCCAAUCACAGCGCAGGGCGGCGAGCUGCUGCGGUUCCCCUGCACCAACAUCACCAGCAUGGGGGCGUCACCACUGGUGAUGUGACGUUAUCACCAACGAGGAACUACAGCAGAGUAACUGCAAGGAGACGCGAUGGCAGAAGGGUUGGCCUAACUGCCACAUACUGAGUCUGGCACAUAAACGCUUAGUGUCGCACAUAGACGCUUAGUGUCGGCAAAACAGCAAUGAAAUGAAUUUAUGCUGUCAUCAAAGUGGCAACAAAGUGUCAAAGCUUUCGAAAUAUGACACUGAAGUGUAGCUAAUUUUUGUAUGGACGUUUGUGGCAUGUAUACGUACAACUUCUGUGCCAAAAGGAAGAUGUCAAUUGAUGCCUAGAUUCAGUGCCUUUUGGGUUGUGCGUAACGCGAGUGAACUUAAUAACGUUUUUUAAAUAGUACGGGUGUUUUUAUGGUGCUGUUUUUAAUUUGUUACAUCAGUUUAGUCAUGAGCACGUUAGUCCCUCUAGAAAUAUUUACGGUUUGGUAACUUCGCGAGGAAAAAGUUGAUUAGAAUCAUAGCUCGAUGUUUACCGUGAUAGCGCCUUGUUCUGUUGAUCCCCAUUCUGCCUUUGUCAUAGCCUUCAUUUGUCACAAUUAUCGUCCAACGUUCACCCACAGUGAACAUCGGUGUUGGGUGUUCAUACGGGCAGCGUCAUGUGAAUGAUGUCGGGGCUCUUAGUACUCCGUUUUAACGAGCUGUCGUGGACUCGUCUGCUGCACUGUGAUUGCGCCGUCUUCAGCCUUAUGCUGGUGUUUGUUCAUUCGGACUGCACAAUUGCCGGAGCUCCUUCAGCACAGGCUGGCUCGUUUGUUUGGUAGAGCUUACAGCUAUUACGGCUAUCUAUCAUAACAUUGAUUACCAUUCGUCAUUGAUAGUCAUCACAUACCUGAGAUUGGGUGACAAUGGUUUAAAUUACAGGAAGACAGAGUUCUGACUAGAGUUGCAAAAUUUCCCUACCGCACUACCGGCAUGCCGGUAAUUUUUCACUACCGCAGGUUUUUUCGUGGUAUUUGGCAUAUCCUGCCGGUAGCAUGCCGGUAUUUUUGAUUUUGCACAAAAAAAAUAUCAGCAUAUGAUUCAAACUUUGGACACUAAGAGGCUAUUGAAUUGUAAUAACAGCAAUCUUAGCCACUGCAAAAUACAUUUUGUGGUAGAAGUUCCAUUGCUAAGGGUAAUUGUACACAUGAACCUCAGCAUUUCACAGGUUUGGCUCUAAUAAGAAUUGUCAAGAAUCUACUGUGGUCUAUCAAAGGAAGAAUAUUCAUACAUGUUGCAAAAGCACAACCAAUUAGUAAGUCUAAUGGUAGGUAAUAGGUAUAAUACAAUAAAAUAAAUUAAUGUUAAUGGCAACAUUCCCUAGGCAAAAGGCAGAAUCAAAACAACACAAAACACAUUGUUUGGCAACUGGCCUUGAGUCCCGAGAUGUGGUCUGAGAUACUCUACAAAGAGUUUGACACUGAAAAUCCAGCUGAAAAGGCAGGUGUUAGGAAGCCCUGAGCCUAACUUCGGUCCCAAAA